AUGUCGGGAACUAUAAAAAACGUUAGCAACGGAGAUCUCGAAGUUUGGUUAAGAAAGAUUAUUUCACCGCCUAUAUGUUUUGAACACAUAGUUAAAAGAGAUCCGAACAUGUGGGGUCAUGUCCAUUUCAGAACUCACGAAAAUGCAUCAGAAUUUUAUUUAUACCAUGGAAGGGGAAACAUUUUCUGGGAAAUUAAAGGAUUCUGCCCAAUUGUUAUUGAGACGGAUACUGCUUAUCGGGAAUAUCAGCCGUAUGCAUUAUUUGAUUUACACGAAAAUUGUCAAGGGUCUGAUAUGUACUGGUUUAUGUUAUUGCAUGCAGUGUUGGCAAAUGACCUUGAAGUGACCUUAAAAUGA